AUGUCCGGCCAAAGCAAAGAGUACGCGGACAUCAUGGGCCGGGAAACCUCCUUCGGGACUUUCCUCUUCAUCCCCCAAUGGUUCUCGACCCUGCGACUCGGUUCGGUCGGCUACUUCGACCGCACAGGCGAAUGGAACGAAAUCACAAACCUAUUCGAGAAAGGGCGGGCCGAAGCGGACGGAUUCAAGCCGUUUAACCAGGACCUGAAGCUGCGCGAUGUCCGCGAGACCCAGUGGGAGGCCGGAUCCGCCGAGACCGAGUCAGGUCGGAGUGCGCGUCUCACAACUGAAGCCAGCGGUGCCAUGGCUGCUGCGCCUGUUGAAGCGUCAGCGCAGGUUAAAACGAGCUCGUCGGAGACGGGCAGUGCGGCGCUGAUCACGUCGUCUGUGGUGCGGAACCAUCGGUUCCAGGGUGACUUUAAGGGGCCGAUUAAGGUCUGGGUGGAGGAUAACGCCAAAACACUGGUUGACAAAAGAAGUGAUAUCGCGACGCAGGGACUGUGGACGAUUAUGGGAGUAUGGGUCACGGACGAGUGCGCCGUCAAGAUGACCAGCGGGAAGAGCCAGGAAAUCGACGUAUCGUUCGACUUGGGGGCUACGGGAAUCGGCAAGCUGGGCGCAGGCGUCGGGGCGUCUGAGAAACUGAAGCGUGAGGGGUGGUGGACAUAUCCCAAGAACGAGAAAAGCGAGGGCUACGUUGUUUCAUUUGCGGGCGUUGAGUACAACGUCCGGCAUUUCAGCAGACUCAGAAGCACACCACUCAAGGUGUUCAAUGAGACAAUCAGCCUACCAACCCCUCAACAAGACCAAUCUGGCUCAGCGGACGAUGACCAUCGAAAGGAAAUGAUCAUGAAGUUCACGCAAGUUCGACAAAUUGAGGAUAAGGACGAGCAACGGGCGCAGCUGAUGAAGCUGGCGCAAGAGUAUCCUGAGAUACGCGAGCUUCUAUCGAAGAAGUCUUCGUGA